AUCAGUCUAGCAGUCUCAGUUGUUUCUAAAGAAUCAGGAAGUGAGUGCAGUUUGAGUCUUGAAGCAAGACUGUGAAGCUGCAGCUUCUCUACUGUGACCUGAACUUCAAGGAAAAACAAAAACGAAGGGUGCUGAUUCUGCAUCUAAGUAAGGAUGGCAGAGGUGGUGGUCUUGUUUCUCACGCUCUGCGUCCAGUUGCUAGCCCUGCCUAUAUAUGUACUAUCGUAUUUGGGAAUAUGGGAGCCCUUCUGCAAAAAAAAAUUCUUUCCCUUUUUCCUGGAGAAAUUUACCGUCGACUACAACCAGAAAAUGUUAAGACAGAAACAGGACUUGUUCCGUAACAUGAUGGAAUUUGCAGAUCCCUCAGGGAAACUGACAGUGCUGGAGAUAGGCACUGGGACGGGCUCCAAUUUCCAGUUCUUUCCACCCAACUGCAGAGUCAUCUGUACGGACCCUAAUCCCCACUUUCAGGAGCGUCUAGCUAAAAGCAUGGUCCAGAACAAGCAUCUUGAAUACGGCCAGUUCAUAACAACCUCAGGAGAGGCCUUGAGUCAGGUACCUGAUGCCUCUGUGGAUGUCGUAGUUUCUACUUUGGUCCUGUGUUCAGUGAAGAACGUGGAAGCUGUUUUGAGAGAAGUCUGCAGAGUGCUGAAGUCGGGUGGAGCUUUUUAUUUCCUGGAGCAUGUCACUGCAGAUCAUUCAAGCUGGAGUUUUUUUUGGCAACGAAUCUACUCUCCGACAUGGAAACUUCUGUUUGAUGGGUGCUACCUAACAAGAGAGACCUGGGCUGACAUUGAAAAGGCCAGCUUCUCAGAAAUAAAGCUGCAACACAUACAUGUCCCUUUACAGUGGACGCCCAUUCAGCCACAUAUAAUUGGUUAUGCUGUGAAAUAACUAUCAGUGUACAUAUUUACUAGAAGUAAGUCUCCCUGGAUUUGAAGAAGGCUGCUCUCUUAAGCACUCUGACCUGGUAGUAAGCAGCUCCAUUUAUUUUAGUGGGGGAUUACUUCCAAGUAAACAUGAAUAUGAUUGCAGUGUAGGCCACCAACCUAAAAACAUUUUCGAGGUAGCAUGUUCCACUGAACAAUGUGAGAUUUUACUUUUGAGUAAAUGUGUUAGGGUUGCGCUUUUUAGAGAUGCCAUUCUAAAGAAAGGAGUUUGCUUCUCUGAAAUGAAUCCAGCCAGUUACACUGAACCGAAUGUAAGCUAGAAAGUUUAGUAUAUAUCAUAGCUCAUUUCGAUUGCUUUAUUGCAAAUAAAAGCAUGGCUAAAACAUCAUCGUAAAAUUCUGAUUCAUGAAGUGCUUUAAGGAUUCCUGCAUUUUUCUAAAAUGUGCAUAUACAUCACUGAAUAGGGUUGCCAACUGGCCAGGCAAAACACAAAUAACCCAGCUUGGUCUGUUCCUUGCAAUUCUAACAGAUUUGAUAUGAAAAAAAAUCAGCUCAUUCAGUUUUUCAGGGCAUUAAGUUAAGCAUGCCUCCCUGCUUCUGACCAAACUGCUAUUAAAGGGACAUCUGUCCAGUUUGAACGUUUGUAUCCCUGAAAUACUUCAAUAUACCUGGACAGGGAUGCCAACCUCCAGGUGGGACCUGGGGUCCCCUAGAACGACAGCUCAUCUCCAGA